AUGGGCUCGGGCUGGAGCAGCGAGGAGGAACGGCAGCCGCUGCUAGGGCCGGGACUCGGGCCUGCGCCGGGGGCUGCUUGGAGAAGCCGGGAGGCGGCAGCGGCACUGCCCGCGGCAGCCCCGAGUCCUGGGCGCGUGUACGGGCGCCGCUGGUUGGUGCUCCUGCUCUUUUCGCUGCUGGGUUUCGCGCAGGGCCUGGUCUGGAACACCUGGGGCCCCAUCCAGAACUCGGCCCGCCAGGCCUACGGCUUCUCCAGCUGGGACAUCGCGCUGCUAGUGCUGUGGGGCCCCAUCGGCUUCCUGCCCUGCUUUGCGUUCAUGUGGCUUCUGGACAAAAGAGGUCUUCGGAUAACUGUGCUUCUGACGUCCUUUCUUAUGGUUUUGGGAACUGGUCUAAGGUGCAUCCCUGUAUCAGACUUAAUGCUUAAAAGAAGACUAAUCCAUGGAGGACAGCUGUUAAAUGGAUUGGCAGGUCCAACUGUAAUGAACGCAGCUCCAUUCCUCUCCACAACAUGGUUCUCUGCAGACGAGCGGGCCACUGCCACAGCUAUCGCGUCGAUGCUCAGUUACCUCGGGGGAGCUUGUGCGUUUUUAGUUGGACCACUUGUCGUUCCAGCUCCCAAUGGGACAGCACCUCUUCUUGCUUCAGAGAAUAGCAGGGCCCACAUUAAAGAUCUCAUAGAGACUGUAUUAUAUGCAGAAUUUGGAGGUGUCUGCUUACUAUUUUCUGCAACUCUAGCUUAUUUCCCACCUCGACCACCUCUUCCUCCCAGUGUUGCUGCAGCUAGCCAGCGGCUGAGUUAUCGACGGAGCUUUUGUAGGUUAUUAAGCAAUUUGAGAUUUUUGAUGAUUGCUUUAGCAUAUGCCAUACCACUUGGUGUAUUUGCUGGCUGGUCUGGAGUUCUGGACUUAAUUUUAACACCAGUGCAUGUCAGCCAAGUGGAUGCUGGCUGGAUUGGAUUUUGGUCCAUAGUUGGAGGCUGUGUUGUUGGAAUAGCUAUGGCAAGGUUUGCAGAUUUUAUCAGGGGUAUGCUGAAACUAAUUCUGCUCCUCCUCUUUUCUGGGGCUACACUCUCAUCCACGUGGUUCACCCUGACCUGUUUGAACAGCAUCACACACCUGCCUUUAACCACAGUGACAUUGUAUGCCUCCUGUAUUCUCCUGGGAGUGUUCCUGAAUAGCAGUAUACCUAUAUUUUUUGAGCUUUUUGUGGAAACUGUCUACCCAGUUCCAGAAGGAAUUACUUGUGGAGUUGUCACUUUUUUAAGUAAUAUGUUCAUGGGAGUACUUUUGUUUUUUCUCACAUUUUAUCACACAGAAUUGUCUUGGUUCAACUGGUGCCUUCCCGGGUCGUGUUUGCUCAGUCUCCUUCUCAUUCUGUUCUUCAGGGAAUCCUAUGACAGACUGUAUCUUGAUGUGGUUGUCUCAGUUUAA